GGAAACGCGCGGUAGGAUACCGAGGCAGCGUUUGCUUUUUCUUCUUAUGCCACGACCAUUCUGCCUGAAUGAUACCUUGCUGUAGCCUGCUUUUGGAGGGGUGGUGCAAAGAUCUCGCGAAGGGCAUCAGAUAAACUAUUCCCUUGGAGUUUGAAUAUACUACAAUGUUAACGCACCCCGCAUUUGAUGCUGUCAUGUAGUUUAUUCAUCCUACCAGUGAGCGUGGAUACAGCUCAAUGGCUGAAGCUUAGAAAAGAAGAAAAAAAGAAGUAGAGAACCUUAGAAAGCGAAAAGGAGAAAUGAAUUCUGUGAAGACUCUAGCAAAGAAACAAAGAUGUCAACAGUCAGGAGGACAACGCUCGACAGGACAACUGGUACACGUGACUUGAUGUGAGACGCCAACCCAUGAGAUUUGUGUGAUUAUAUAGUUUUUCUCCCAAGUCCAGCAGUCCUGCCCCAGCCAUAAGUAGAGGUUUCUCUUUUGCUAUUGCACACGCCUUGUCUUUGGUGCCUCUGCUAUUCCUCCUCAGCAGCCCUCUCGGUCUCAGUACAGCUGCGAGCGAGCCUGCGACUGCCAUGGAUUCCAAAGCCAUGGAGGAAUUCCUGUCCCGUCAGGCUCCCAUCUCCAUGAAUCAGGCUUCUCCACAUGUAUGUAUGCAUGCUGGCUUCUUCUGCAGCUAUUCUCGAACCUUUUACCUCUGGUUCAUAGCAUUUAUUUGGUUUGAGGAGAGAUUUAGAUCUGGUCAGUGGAAGAAACUAUAAAAGGAUCAGUGUCUAUGUUUUUCAAAGAUUUAUAUGAGCCAUAAUUUGCACGUGCCCAAUAAGGCAAUAACCUUUGUUGAAGGUUUAGCGUGUGUUUGAUUUGCAGACCAGGUGGUUCCAUCCUAAUUUUUUAGUUGAGUUCAACCUAUUAUUUCGUGUUUGAUUAUAUAGGUUGAUUCUGUUUCUAUUUUUUUUUGUUUGGUUUGAGGGAUUGAGAGGGACUGAGAGGGACAUGACAAUGCUCUUUUAACACCAUCAUAAACAGUAUCACUUUCGUUCCUAUUAUUUUUGUUUGGUUCGAGGGAUUGAGACGGAGUGAGAGGGACGAGACAAUGCCCUCUUAACACCGUCAUAAACAGUAUCACUGGAUCCGCCUAUCAGUAUGAAUGAUGCAAUGUGACAACUGUACAAUUUAUCUGUUCCUGUAAUUCAAACCAGAACAGUAACUGCAUGUUGACAUCAAAUUGUCUGAAUGCAUUGAGAUUGAGGAUUGGAAUCUAAUUCUUGCUAACAUUUUUAUAUCUCCUUGGAUAUAUUUUUGUGAUCAGGUAAUGCAUUCAGCGGGAGACCAUGACAAGUUCUAUUUGCUCUUUGUGUGCAGAUGUCUAGACCAUCGAUUAUUCUCAAGCUUAUUCUGGGCUUGCUCUGGGGCAUCAUCCAUUUGGCAAUCAGCCUUUUUAAUUUAUGGCCUUUUCUGAUUUACAAUCUAGAAUGCUAUCUUAUUUCGUCUGGGUUGUUGCGGAAGUAUCGGUAUCUCCACCUGGAUAGACUGAAGUUCUUGGCCAUCGUGGUAGAUAGCAAAGAAGCUAAAAAUACUGUGAAGAUCAGGCAGCUAUUGUGCUGGCUCUCAACAAUGGGUGUGAAGUAUAUAUGUCUCUACGACAUUGAGGGUGAGACAAAAAAGUUCAUUUGAAUUUCUAGGAUAUGUGUUUUCUGCUUGAAGUUCAUCCUUCGCCGCUAAUAUACCUAUAUCUUUUGUGUAAAUGAGCAUACUUUAUAGAAAUCAAGUUACUUUAAGCAACAAUACUGGACUGUUACAAUACUCGAGAGUUGAGACAGUGGCACAGCGAACGAAAAUAACUGCCCUAUUGUUCUUAUGCAUUGUCUUCUGAUGUUUUAAGUUUAUAGAUGCAUGGAUUCUUAUUGGUUUUUUUCUUGAGACCCGUGGGCUCUAUCUGAAGAUUAUCCUAUUAUCGUACUAUUCUAUAUUGCAUCUUAGGAGUCCUGAAGAAAUCAUUUGAACCGGCUAUGAAGGGUUCAAGCGAUGGGAAGGCAGGAGAAUAUUUGGAUAUUGGUGAAAGCAUCAAUUAUUCACACUUUAACCACAAAGAUAUGGCGAUAGAGUGCCUUUCUGGUUCUGAUGGCAAGGAGGGUAUUGCUAAAGCAGCCAAUUUACUUUGCUCAACUUACUUAAAUGGUGAUACUCAUGGAAAUGGCAAAAGGGAGCCAACAUUUACAGAAGCUGACAUGGCCAGUGCGCUGAAAGCUGUAGGUUGUGGUGGACCAGAACCAGAUCUUCUUCUCAUGUAUGGUCCUGCUAGAUGUCAUUUAGGCUUUCCUGCAUGGAGAUUACGGUAUACUGAAAUUAUGCAUAUGGGACCACUAAAAUCAAUGAAAUAUGGUGCCAUUGUGAAAGCUUUAUACAACUUCUCAAAGAAAUACCAAAAUUACGGUAAAUGAGAGUUGAUACUGCUGUAAGACUGUAACGAAGACCCCUCCUUAAUAGUUUCCUCCCUCCUUUUUUCUGCCGCCUAGUAUACUACCAAGUUCAUCGCCACACCCCCACUUUGUAUUUCCCUGAUCAGAAGCAUCACUGACAGAAUAUACGGGAUCGACAGAAUAUAUGGGAUCAGAUCCCUUUGUAAAAUUGUGUUGACAAUAAUGAUUAAUGAAGCUGCCCUCGAGCACACGAGCAAGUUUUAAUCGAGAUUGAUGCUCUUUGUACCUGCCUCUCUGCCCUGUAUGAUAUCUAUAUGCUGAACUGCCGACACCAUGUGGUGUUUUGACUUUGGAGAGCUUUGGACAGUGUCCAUUUGACCACUACGAAUUCCACUUGUGGCAAUCGAUCACUUUCAUCUACUCUUAUUGCUCUUGUAGUCUUUUCUAUAUCAUCUUUCGUGUUACCCUAUAGUUUCCAUCUGCCAAAUUUCUAUCUGAUGUUUGCUGAGCACAGAACUGUUUACCUUCUCGCAUAACAAUGCGACAAACAGGACAUGGAUUCAUCUGGUGCUUAUAAGCGACAAACAGGACAUGGAUUCAUCUGGUGCUUAUAAGCAGUAAUUCACUUCUCUUUGACUCAGAAGAAAGGAGAAGAUCAAGUUUGCUCUAGGUGUAUCAGCACAGUGAAACAAUGAUGAAAGGAUUAAAUUGACAUUAUAAUCGUUUAGGAAGUUAUUAAACCUGAUACAUGAUGGGUGUGACUGUGUGUGCUGCUCCAAAGCCAAAGCCGUCCUCGCUCCACCAGUCUCAAGCGGCGCCUCCGCCUCCCCCGUCGCAGCCCCCCAUGUCGCAGGCGGCGCAGUGCCCCUACUGCCGCGCGUCGGGGCCGGCGCGGUGCGCGACGACGCAGCCGCCGCUCUCGCGCGCCGUCUCCGAGUGCUCCGCCUGCGCCCGCAUCGUCCUCGAGCGCCACCUCCACACGCACCCCUUCUUCCCCCUCCUCCCCUCCCUCCACCCGCUCCCCCUCGUCACCCCCGACCUCGCCACCGCCGUCGAGCCCGCCCCCUCCCCUUCUCCCGGCGGCGAAGAUGACGAGGACCCCUUCCUCCCCGCGGGCUUCGUCUCCGCCUUCUCGGCCUUCUCCCUCGAGCGCCACCCCGUCCUCGCCCGCUCCGCCUCCGCCUUCUCUGGCCAACUCGCCGAGCUCGAGCGCGCGCUCGCCGGCGACUCCGCCGCCGCGGCCUCCAACCCGGACCCCGCCGGUCCCAUGGUCUCCGUCGACAGUCUCCGCGCCUAUCUCCAGAUCGUCGACGUCGCCUCCAUACUCAGGCUCGAGCGGGACAUAGCCGACCACGCCUUCGACCUCUACAAGGAUUGUUCCUCCGCGACCUGCCUCAGGAACCGGAGCAUCGAGGCGCUCGCGACCGCGGCGCUCGUGCAGGCCAUCCGCGAGGCGCAGCAGCCCCGGACGCUGCAGGAAAUCUCUACUGCUAGCAAUCUUCCUCAGAAAGAGAUAGGAAAAUACAUCAAAAUACUCGGCGAAUCUCUGAAACUGAGCCAACCUCUUAACAGCAACUCAAUUGCUGUUCAUAUGCCUCGGUUUUGCAGCUUGCUCCAGCUCAAUAAGUCUGCUCAGGAACUUGCAGCUCAUAUCGGUGAGGUGGUUGUUAAUAAAUGCUUCUGCACAAGGCGCAAUCCAAUAAGCAUAUCUGCUGCUGCGAUAUACCUUGCAUGUCAGCUCGAAGACAAGCGCAAAACCCAGGCUGAAAUCUGUAAAGUAACGGGCCUUACAGAGGUCACUCUACGCAAAGUGUACAAAGAACUCCUGGAGAACUGGGAUGAUUUGCUCCCCCCUGACUAUACACCAGCCACACCACCAGAGAAAGCUUUUCCAAUGACCACUAUUUACUCAGUGCGCUCGUCAAGUGGCAAGGAUCUGUAUCAGGAUAAGAUAUUUGAUAGUAGUAAGCAGAAAGGUCCUGAACCUGCAGAGCCUGAUCACAUGGUCAUUGUGAAAGAAGAGGAAGAAAAGAAAAUCAGUGCUCUUGGUCGACCGCCUGCAAAACUUGAGCCUCAUGAGUUGAGCAAGGCAUUCUGGCCAUCGAAUGCCCCAUUCUCAACAUCUCCAAAAUCUGAUCGUGACAAGACAGAAACUAGUGUCCGUGGGUUCAACCUUAAUGAGGUAUCAUGUGCAAUGGAUUCUGAUAGAGCAGAUACCACAGUGAAACCAAAUUUUGGCGAUCGAUCAUUGAAUGAAUCAAAUAUGCUUCCAUCCCCGAAUAGGCAGCCUUUACCAUGGCAGCUUAAGCAGGGGGUGCCUGCAGCUGGUCCAUCAUAUUCUAGGCUUCGUGAGCAGCACAUUGGCCUUGACCUUGUAGCUGCUUUGAAGGGGAUUGGAAAAAGGAGUGCUGGGGAUGGUGGUGAUGGCCGAGAUAAGGAAGGGAAGUGAAUAACUAUUCAGUUAAUCGAAAAUGAAAUUAAUGGUAAUGGUCCAUUGUAAAUAUAGAUGUUGUUUGUAGUAGAGUUAAGUUCGACUUCCCUUGUCAUUCUAAUGUCUGUGGAGAAAUGUUACUCCAGACUUUGUAGCUUCGGUGCUGAAAAUUUCCACCAGUACUUACAAAUUAUUUAUAGCCUGAUCUGACUUAAUCCAGUAUGUUUUGUACAAUGAAAUGCAAUUCCUUCCUUUUCA